AAAGUGUUUUGUAUUAUAUUUUGUAUCAUUAUCAUUGUAAAAAAUUAAAAAAAAGAAUAAAUAAUGUUUUUGCAUCUGAAGAUGGUCAAGAUGGCCAUAUUGCGAAUUUUUUUACUAUAGCAAUUUUAACAAUAAAAUGUCAGAAGUUGAAAAAUCAAAAUCUUUUCAAAUUCUGGCAGUUGUGAAUACGUGUGGACGUGUUUGUUAUUUGCUAUAAUUUGUGCCUUCCCCUGUGAAAAUCUCCAGUUAGUGCGUUAAGUUGAGCUUUAAGUUCCUUCGUGUUGCUGUUGAGACAUUCCCGGGGUUCAUACUUGUGUGUGAUUUACGAUAGGACGUUAUUUUGUGCGAUAUAGACGCUUUUACCAUUUUCCUUUUUUCUACUGUGUUUCUUCGUCAAUUACUGUCCAAAAUGCCUCGCCUUUGUGCCUUUGGAUGUUUACCAAACGAUGUAACAAUGCAUCGCUUCCCACAGCGGGCUAAGUUUCCUGAUCGUUUUAAAACUUGGGUCACCCUUGUCGGUGGUAAACUGGAAACAGAGGCUGACUUUGAAUUUUAUAUGAAGAAAAGAGUUUGUGAUAUUCAUUUCACAGAUAGAGACAAAAAUCGUAACAGUAGAUUGAAUGCAUUGGCUAUACCUACCCUUUACCUAUCUGGCAGAGAUAUUGGAUCCAGCAGUGUACCACAUAAUUCAAGCAAUGUAGAGACAGUUGCUGUUAAUAUGGACUUUAGUCUGUCAUUAGAUACAGGAAGAGAUAUCAGACCAGUCAGUGUUGAACCAGGCCCAAGCAAUACUGUCUCCACAGUUACUGUUAUUAAUGAUAUUGGUCCAUCAUCAGAUCCAGGAACUCGUCAAGAUCGUUUGCAUCAUCCGCAACUAGCUGAUACAUGUUGGAUAAGAAUGGAACAUAAUUACAGUGUAAUUAGUAGACAAGACAGAGUUGCCAAAGGGAAGAAAGUCAUCCACAAGCAAGUGCCAAUGAAACCCGUUGACUCGACCAUCAGACGAAUGCGAUCUGAAAUAUCUCGCUUGCGUAAACGUAGUCAGUCUUUUAAGACUAGACUGGCCAGUGCCGAAAAAAUCUCUGAAGAUGUUGCUUUUACCAAACUCAUUGACAACAUGACCAAACCAGCACAGCUUUUUGUUCAAAUGCAAAUUCAAACGAAUAAAGCAUAUGGCGAACUGCGACUACUCAAUAAAUUAACAGAGGAACAUGUGAACCCUGAUAAAAUAAAUAAAAUGAAGAGCAUCUUACAGCCAGGGGAGAUCUGCCGCAAGAAUGUCGACAACUCGUCGACAUAA